CGCCGCUGCUAGCGCUGAGCGGCACUCCUCAAAAAGUGGCGGUCCUCCAGGGAGUGCGAUGGGAGCCUGAUGUCCGUUCCCAGGCAGCGGCAAAGUCGCAGACCUCUUGUCGAGAGGCUCGUAAGCGUUGAAUUCGUACAGUGUUAAUUCUGCUGCUCGCAGAAUAGCUAUUUUACGCUGACAGACUUCUGAUUUUCCUUGAGGAGACAGUGGGGUUUUUGGCAGGGAUGGAGGGGACUGUUCAGGUUGCAUAUGAAAGCCUUCGCUCUUUGGGAGCAGGCAACCAAGAGCAAACUCAGGGUGCUCAUGCAAGGAGAUGCAAUUGCUGUCACUUGGCUUCCGGAGCCGCUAUCAGUUUGGCUUUUUUCCCUUUCUGGCUGCUUGUUCCUAGUGUCUUUACAAACCGCGAGGGCUGCUUUUUCAGAGGCGGGGGAAUUGCUCUUCUCUGUGGUGCGCUGUGGUGGCAGGGAGGAGGUGGUUUGGCGAAACGUUGGCUCAGUGUUGUGAUGCGGUUCCUCUGCCUCGCUGUCAGCGCGAGUUAUCUGAAGCUCCUGGAGUCGGAACGGGCAAAGGUGACAAAGUGGCUAAACCGAAUGUGCAAGCUGAGCACCCGUCACAAGCAGCAAACGGCACCACCCCCGGCGUGCGCAAGCAGAGGCUGCCGCGGGGCGCGCGGGGAAGCGCUCAGUCUUUCUCACAGCAGCAUCGUCGCAUCCCCCACAGGUCUGGCUCAAGCAGAUGCUGUUCCUGUUACCUCUACCCUGGCAUUUGUCAAACCUUCCCCCAGUCAGGCAAGCAAGCCCUGUCCAUCAGCAUCACGGAAUCGUAGCCGGAGUGGCAAGGUGGAUGAGGUACCUGGCUUCGCCCCCUGGCCUUAA